CUGUGUCGUGUCUGGCAUGCAGUAUUAUGGUCACUACUUCUAUACCGGGCUGCUCAUGCACAGCGGCACUUCAAUGUAUCCAUUCCUGAGAACACUACUGUCGGCUGGCUCGUGACCAAUACAGUACAGGGACGGGACCACAGGAUCGUCUCAGGCGACCAAUAUGGACGGUUCAACAUAUCAGGAAGGGACGGCUCUAUCCGGGUGGCGAAUCCGCUAGACCAUACAGUAGAUUCGAUCUACGAACUAGAGAUACAGGUCGGUGGCACCCAAUAUAAUACUUCAGAAAACUACGCUUAUGCCGUCGCGAUUAUUCACGUUUUGGACGUCGAAGGAUAUCCGCCUGUUUACAACAGAAGCUGUGAAACUGACCGAAGCAACCUGGUGUCGGACAAAUUGAUAAACAUUACCGAAUCUUCGGACUGGAUCGGACGAGAUUCGACUGGAUCACCGGUCCUCAGUUCUGCGUCCAACUUUAACAAGCAUUAUGACUCCGAAUUACAUCACAACGAUCUACUUCAGUUCAAAACUGACAGUGGCAUCUGUGAUAUGGAAUUUACGGUCAUUUUAGAGACUCCACGCAAAGUAGAAGAGUUGAAGAAGAUGUACAACGCAGGAUUAAAAAGCAUGUCAUGUCUUUCACCCGCUUCACAUGCGACCAUUGACUUUGAACUGACUAAAACAUCUAAUCUUUCCUCACAAGCAACACUAUUUCAGAGUGAGAAAGACACAUAUCUGAUAAUAGGACACGUAAGAAAUAUAUAUACAAUACUGCCUUUGGACUUCAAUUGUGUCGCACAUGUACCAUCAAAAUCAACCAUCUUUAUCUUUAAUAGUUUUAGGGGUGGAACCCUUUCUGUGUCAUUCAAUGCAGUAGUGGCUGGCUGUGCAGCAGGACGGUACGGUGGGAGGUGUGAGAAGGACUGCAUCUGUAAGAACGGCGCGCGGUGUCACAGUUUCAACGGAGCCUGUCUGUGCACACCUGGCUGGAAAGGUGUGGCCUGUGAUAUCCCAACUCCUGACGUCUUCAUUCGCGCCAUACCACAGGAAAGAAAUUACGUCAGUGGUAACCUAACCUUAGUUUGUACGGCUGUGAAUGUGGAGAAUAUCUCAAUCGUGACCAUAACAUUUCGCUCGACAUACACCAAUAUGACCGAAACGCUAGUUGAGGACACGGCGAAUACAACAGAAUAUCAGAUACAUUUCCUGAACUCAAGCAGCAAUGGCGUGUACGUGUGUUCUGUUACCAUAAUGGAUGGAACCACACAUCAGGACAGGUAUGUACUGAAUGUCUCUGAAUGUCCUCCGAACAGGUACGGGGAACAUUGUGAGAAACUUUGUGACUGUGAGAAUGGCGGACGGUGUGAACGGUUGAAGGGCUGCGUGUGUGUUCCUGGUUGGACGGAUGCCAAGUGUAACACGUCAUGCCCUGCCGGCACAUUUGGACAGGACUGUCAAGAACACUGUCGAUGUAACGGAACAGAACUGUGUGAUCCUGUCAAUGGAACGUGCAACUUGUGUAGAGGAGAAACGUGCACAGAAACGGGAAGAUCUACUGGCGCCGGCAGACGGAAUUCAGAUGAACUGUAUGCACUGUCAGGUUUGUUUGUUGUGCCAAUAGCUUUUAUGGCAGGUGUGAUUAUUUGCAGGAAGAAAUGGCGACAGACAGUGAAAGAAAUGGGAACCUAUCUCCUCAAUCAGUCUGAACAGGCGGAAGAAAUGCACAAUCUGAUAAGUCGUGACACGAUCGACAAAGUGUCACGAUGGGAACUGAAGGAAGACGAUCUGGUUUUGGAGAGGUUGGUCGGACAGGGAUGUUUCGGAAACGUAGUUUUAGCCCGACUGAACAUUCCUGAUGCAGAACCAGUCAUGGUAGCCGCUAAGUCCGUGUCUGCUGCCCGGCUGGAGCAGGAAGGAGACGCCCAGUGGCACCGCGACUUUUACCGGGAAGCCGACAUCCUCAUCACCGUACACGAGCACGCUGAGGUGACGGACGGUGAGGAGCGGCCUGUCCACCCCAACAUAGUCCGGCUGUACGGGGUGAUCACCGAGUCACGACCCAAGCGAAUCGUCCUGGAGUACGCUGCCCAAGGCGACCUCUUGGCUUAUUUGAGGAAGUCACGAGAUAUUCCCAACAUCACGCUGAAGGAUCUAGUGGGCCUGGCCGUCGGUGUGGCACGCGCGCUACAGGAGCUGGAAGUCUUACAAAUCGUGCAUCGCGACGUGGCCGCCAGGAACGUCCUUGUGACGGACGACAAUGUGGCCAAGCUGGCAGACUUCGGUCUAGCCCGUGACGUCUACACGGACACGAUGUACGUGCGUACCCACCAGGCCGGGCGCGAUGAGCCGCUGCCGUUGAAGUGGAUGUCGCUAGAGGCCCUUCGUGACGGCGAGUACACCUGUCAGAGUGAUGUGUGGUCGUUUGGCGUGCUGCUGUGGGAGAUCGCCACACGUGGAGAGGAGCCACACUACUCGGACGUGGCACGGCCGUCGUGCCGCCAUCUUGUGUGGGUUCUGAAGGAAGGCGGCAGGCUGGAGAGGCCUGACGGGUGCCCCAUGGAGCUGUACAGGCUCAUGUCAAAGUGCUGGCACGCCAAUCCGCACCGUCGGCCCUCGGCAGCCACGAUUGAACAAAAACUGAACAACUUUAACCUGUAA